CGAAACCGCGAGUUGAAUGAGCAUGUGUAUUUGUUUUUUCGAAAUCAUAUGGUUUGUCUCAGAGUCAAAGCACAAAAGUACCGUGGACUCCGUGUGGCUUGGGUGAUCUUUUGACUCCGGGUGACGCGCAUCGAAUGUGUAUUUACGUUUUUUCUUCUGUGCGAUUUUUCCAAAGGAGAUAGAGAGCGUCGUGGGUCUAGUAAAUAAUCUGGACCGCGAUAUCAAUUAGGUUCAGAUGCUACCAAGCAGUUAUCAAGAUGACGUUGCCGGAGGUGAUUGGGAAUAAAUUUCUCUAUUUUGCGUAUGGGAGCAAUCUUCUUGCCAAGAGGAUUCAUAUUAUGAAUCCAACAGCUGUUCGGAGAGAUAUUGGAAUGUUGAAAAAUUAUCGUCUUGAUUUCUUCUAUUAUGCCACCCGAUGGGGUGGUGCUCCUUCGACUGUUGUCCAGGAGCCUGGGGAAAAUGUCUGGGGGGCUAUUUGGGAGAUUGAUAUGAAGGAUAUGGACAGCCUGGAUAAACAGGAAGGUGUUCAUCGGGGAGUUUAUCAGCCAUUGAGCUUGCCAAUUGAGACACCACGCGGCGAAACAUUGAUCUGCAGGGUUUAUCAGUUGGUUAACAAUCCAGAUGACUAUCCUGUGAAGAAUGGUGUGAUGCUGAAUGACAGGAAACCUUCCUAUUCGUACAUCCAGGUCCUCAUUAAUGGUGCCAUUGAGAGUGGUUUGCCAGAGUAUUACGUUGAAUUCCUCAAGUCAGUGGAGCACAAUGGGAAUCUCGGAAAGCCUGAAUUGAUAUCCAAUCUCAAUCUCAAUCUCACUGACCAUUCCCAAAAGAAUUGAGCUUGAGAUUUUUUAAUUGUAAAUUCAGUGAAAGUUCAAAAAGAAAGAAAAAAAUGCAGAAUCACUGUAUUUUCAGGUUCAGACGUCACCCGUGAAAUUUUUAUUAUCACCCAAAGAGACAUUUAACUCUUGAUCUAUUUGUGUUUUACAAAGUUAUUAUCUCGCUGUUUCUGACUCCAGAAAACAGCUCAAGAAAAAAAAGACAGGCAGCAUGUAAAAACAAAAAAAAAAAGAGGGAAAUACAGCAAAGAGUAUUAUCAAAGAA